AUGUGCAUUCAUAUCCAGAUCGGAGUUGAUGACCUAGAAGAAAAGGAUAUUGCCGAUUUAAAUCUGCGGCCUCUGAGUCAUUUAGAUGAAAGUCGAGCCCAGUACCUCAGAGACCGUGGGCAAACCUUCUGGAAGUGCCGAUUUAGAAGGUUCAUAUCGUAUUCUGAAGAAGCGAGCCGUUAUUUCGAGAAGGCGGUCGAUGAAAGAUACAUGAUCGACUUGGCGACUUACCGAGAACUCCAUACGAGCAGCAAUACUGACGGGCCUUCACCGGACGAUCUCAGCAGCGAUUUGAUGGAGUCUGACACUCUUCCGUCGGGUAAUUUUAUAUAUUUACUUCCUCCCAGUAUCAAGGGCUAUAACCUACAACGCAAAAAGUGGGUUGACCUUCAGGUUGACGGUAUUUCGGACGUUACCUGGAACAAGGACGGAUUUGAAAGUUUGGUCCUGGACUCCAAAACUAAGGACUUGAUUGAAGCUUUAAUAAGCAACCAACUCGCCGCCGAAAAAUCAACAGAUUUGAUAGGUGGAAAAGGCAAUAGCCUGAUUUUGCUGCUUCAUGGGGGACCCGGAACUGGAAAGGCUUUGACAGCAGAGAGGUAA